AUGGCCGUAUUAGAGGAGGUGCAGCGGGCGGCGGCGGGCGCGGUGGCUACAGGCGGCGGGGACCGGGCGGCGGAGCAGCGCGGCGGCAGGACGAGGCCGCCUGGAUCCCCUCCGGAGAAGAUCUCAAACAUGGAUGACGAAGAAAGGAAGCAGCAGCUAUACCAAGGGGGUACCUCUUUCUUGACACCUGUUAUAACAAGGCCAAGAUUUGUUCCACCCCCAGAUUUAUCUGCUAGAGGAGCAGCCAUGUGCAGAGCUUAUAGUGCUGGUACUGAGCGCAGCAUGGAAUCAGUUCAUGACAUCAUCUUAUCAUUGGAAGGUACUUUCAUGACUGUCUCUGUUACAAAUUAUACACUAAUUGAGGUGGUGUUCGUUGUCUGCAGAUCAUGGUUUUUAAGGCGGCGACAAGCUACAGGAAUAAUGAGGAAUGCAGCAACGUUAGAAACAAUGAGGAAUGUAGCAAACAUAUAA